UGGCAUGACUGAUGAUAAUAAUGAUGAAGCAUGAAAACCCACAAAGCUCUCUACUCUAGCAUGUCUAGGCUUUGUGGUCAGGCGAACCAUGCUAACUGUGCAAACUUCCUCAUUUAUCAGUGUCAUGACUGUUCAUAAUCAUAGGCUAGUACUUGGCCUAGUUAAACCUGUUAGACAGAGGGCCAACCGUCAUGAAUGUCAAUGAUUCACCGGCAUGAUGUGUAUGAUAAUACUUUUAGGCAAUGAUGCUUGAUUACUUCCAGAACUGAUUGGUCAUUGGAAUGGAAACAAAUAUGGCCAAUCACAUUGUGGCUUUCAUGAUCUGUGGGUGACAGGAAAACAGAAGGAAAAGAUAGUAGCUGUACGAUUGUUCGAGCUAUCACACAGCUGAGAAUUAUUGAGACUAAAUGCUGCUGUUUUUCUGUAGUGUGGGUGGGAGGGAAAAUGUUCAUCAAGAAUUUCACCAUUUUAAUGAGGAUAUAAGUUUGGUCAGGGGACUCAUUGAAGCCCACCGUGUCAUGGUCUUCUCCAAAUCGACCUGUCCAUUCUGUCUGCUGGCCAAGAGCACACUGAAGGAGGCAGGUGUGAGAGACUUUAAGGUGUUGGAGAUUGAACUCAGGCCAGAUGUCCAAGACAUACAGAAAGUUUUGUGCGACAUGACAGGCAUCUCAACAGUUCCCAGUGUCUUCAUCGACAAAGAGUACGUGGGAGGGGGAACAGAUGUCCAACGCAAACAUGAAUCAGGAGAGCUGGAGAGGUUAUUGAGAGGCAAGGGAAUCAUCCAUGGAAAUAGCGAGACAUGACAGACAAAAAAAAGCAACAAGCUGACUGUAUUCUGAUUUUGGAGCAGUGUAACGCACAAUGACACUGACCCCAUGAGACACCAAUAACUUCUUAUGAAGCACAAAGUAGAUGGUGAUUAGUAAUUCGAACAACUUUCUGCUGUUUUAAUGGGAAAAAUUUCCUUGGAAAGAAGCGGUGUAUGAAAUUACUGUAAGUCUACCCAAGGCAUGUGAAUGCAGUCAAUGAGGUGUAGUUAACUGUUGAGAAAGAUACAAGAAGUUAAUGGAAUUUUCAUAUUUUUAAUAAUUGGAAAGAAUUGAAUCCUUUCAUGAUAAUUAUCUUGGCAAGCGGUCAAAUCUCACCCUGCCUGUUUUCGAAAAGGGCAUCACCUCCACUCGAGACACAACCAGAAAUAACAAGUCACACUGAACAAAUUCAAAGUUACACAAAAGUUCCUUGGCUGCUUUGUUUAAUGAUGUACCAUUCUAUCACUGCGUUGCUGCUUUAAAAAAAAACCAAAAAACAAACACGCAAUGUAGCAAACGCACAUUACAGCCAUUUUGGCAUCAUUUGGCUGCUUAUAAACAUUCACCAGGCCAAGGUGGAUAUGUCCAGCACACUCCAAUGACAAUUCAAAACUGGUCACUUAAGUUGUAAUUUCAGUCUGCGGAUACAUGAUACAAAACAAAUUCAGUUUACAUGGAAAUCAGAAGACUGGCACAGCUUUCUAGUAAACCAACCACUACUGAAGACAAGCAAUGCACAGUGAAAUUCCGAUCCUCACAUAAUCCAUACCGACAAACAUUUUCUUUGAAAGUCUUAAACUACACACAGCAUUCAGUUUUCAUUGGAGCGUGCACCCAAUAGAUACACACAAGGGCAGUAGAGACACAAAGUUGGUUUACAAAUAGUAAAGAUAGCCAGAGCUGGUACUAGGUUUGUACCCUUGAUAUUACAGAUAUUACUGAAAGGUGCAAGUUAUGUGAACAGUUGCUUGCACUCGACACUCCAUGUCCCAGCCUUCUCAUGGUUUCUCAGCUCCUCUUUGAUAGAUGUUAUUUAACCAGUGCACAGUAUCACUAGGGCAAAUGACUGCCCUAUUUGGACACUUUUGAAAACACGCAACCACAGUGUACAUGUACCAGCCCUGGUUGGCAGUGAGGAGGCCAUUACUUUUGUUAGGAAAUUCAGGACUGAGUUUUAGCACCACCCCCCCUCCACUACAGUGCCAGUAUGUGUGUAUACACAAAGUAAGGUAAAUCAGUGUUAAUUCUGUCUCAGGGAAAAUUUGUAUAUAACUGAGUAAAUGACUUACAGAACCUUUCCAUGUGCACAUUUUCCGUGUGCGUCGCAUCUGUUGCGCCAAUUGCAGAGAAGCUUUCAUUGAAAUUGUACGGGAGUCAAACAGCAAAUGAUAUGACCCGACCAAAUAAAUGUGCACAUGGAAAGGUGGCCAUAGUCUUCCAGCUGAUGGCACUUUCUUUUAGGUCUUUUGAUUCAUGACUUUAAAUCUUAAAUAUUUCCACGAAAGUUGUGCUUUUCCCUUUUGACAAUUUACACAAAUGAUCAUCAAAAUAAACAUUUUAACAGUAUACAAUAUACCAAUGGUCUUGCUUCUCAAAGCACAAAUCAAGUACAAGUUUGUUUGUUUUUUUCACUCUUGUCUGCCUUUCAUUUAGAUUCCAUUAAAUGUACAAUUUACCUGCAUUCUACAAAUCAGUCUUACACAAUCUCAACCAAGUACUGAGUAAUUUAUUUACAUGCACAGGAUAAGCAGUAACAUUGGAGUAAAAUAAUUCUGUACUUUAAUACAAUAAAAUUUGGUUUACCUAAUAGAAAAAGAAAUUUUAGUACUGUACAUUGUAUGCCUUAUGAAAUAUAUCAUGAGAAAGGAACAUGCAUGACAUAGCCACAAAUUUAAUUGCAAAGUAUUUACAAUUACAUGUACUAGUUACUGCCCUAGCAAACACUGAAUUUGUUAAUAACGGAGUGACAUGCACAAUCAGACAUGUACAGAUUUCAUUUUGGGCAGUUUAAAUUGGUGUAAGUGCUAGUCUAUACCAUACCAAAAUUUUGUUUCAACCGCACAAAACUUUGUUUCAAUAUUUUUUCUCUUCUUACUUCAGUCCAAACUAUGCUUUCCAGCCUAGGGAAGUCUUCUGAUUGCAUAACUGAAGGACUGAAUCAUUCUGGGUCAAACACUUCUAGAAACUGUGAAAUUUGUACCACUUUUGACAAAUGAAGACAUGCAUAGGUUAUACAGGAGUCAGGUCUUUAAAUUAAAGUAAGGUCUGUCAUGUAAACAUACUUCAGUAAGUUAGCUACCAGUACUGAGAAUCUUCUGACAAGGGUGAAAGUGUUGCAAAAUCCUAUUACAUGUACCUACACGUAGUCAAACCAAUGUUGUGAAAAAUCAUAGUCCCACCUUGUCAAAGGGAGUAUUUCAUUCCUCAUUUGAUUACUUGGUCACAACCACUUCAUAAACUGAUUUCCAUGUCAACGGUUCCCUGUGCUUCCUGACAACUACGACCACUAAUGUGUACCAGAAAUGCAACUACGUGCAUGUCUCUUGGUCAGUGGUAGGGAUCCAAACAGUUGACUAGAGUGGAGACAAGUCAGAUGCAUUUCAAAUAAAGCUACUCAAAUUCUCUG